AUGGAAGGACGAUCCUGGAUUUCUCGCAAUUUCUACGUAUACUUCUUCGUGGUCUUCCUCCACUACUUCUUCUACCAUAAUAUAUCCGACAGUGCAAAACUUGGCCUCCUCCUCCUCCAACUUUCUCUGAAUGAACACCCCAUAGUUUUCCCCUUCCUCGGGAAACUCCAGGCCGAAAAGAAGGGAACAUGCCACAAGAUCGCAGCUGAUACCUGGCAAAAGAUAAAAGCCUUCUUCGGACUCGACGCGACGCCUCUACCCGGCACAGCCAAGGGAAAUGCUAGGCCAGAAGAAGUCGAGCUGAGUGCGCUGCCGAGCGAACCCCCUCGUUCUCAGCAGAGAGCACCUAACUCUGCGAACCCGACAUCGCCACCCCGACCCCGACCAGCUACUAGGCGCGACAAAAAUGGGAAUCAAGCUUUCUCGCAGCCAUCACGGGGCCCCUCUGGAUCCCAUCAGAAGGGACCUGCGCCUAAGGGUCCCUACGACAAUGGCUUCCUGUCUGCGCCUAGAGACGACAUUGUAGCAGUGGUGAAUGUAUAG